AAUGUUAUGUAUAUGAAAUCGAACAAGAAUUGUCUGGCUAGCUUGUUUUGUUUGUUGUAAAUCGAAUUUCGUAUCGUAAAUAAGUUAUUAUUGUAUUCAUGAAAUAUAAAAUUGUAAAAUGUCAGAAAAUAUCGAACAUUAUCGGAAUCAAAUAGUUUUAGCUAGAACCGAAAUAAAGAAUUUACGGCAACAGCUAUCUGCACUUAAACAUGAGCAUCUAAAGGAAAUAAGUGUCAUAAAAUCAGCUCUGAACGACUUGCGGUGUACAAAUUGUGCCGGAACCGCUUCUACUGUGGUAAACCACACAGACAGUCUGCCAACUACAUCAUCUUCAAAUGAUGACAUCUCCUUACAACCAAUUGGAGUGAUAGAAACUCCAUUCCAGAAUAAGAGGGGGGUUCCUCGACAACCGUCAGUGCUGGCCAAUGCUCGGGGAACUGUUGUGAUAGAUCAAAAAGUGUUUAAUAAUCCAGAACACGCUUUGAGUGGUCUGGAGGAGUUUUCUCAUAUUUGGAUAAUAUUCUACUUCCAUGCGACAGAGUCGACCAGCGUUCCGGCGAAAGUGGCGCCGCCGCGACUCGGUGGCGAAAGGCGAGGAGUGUUCUCCACCAGAUCUCCACAUCGGCCAUGUCCUAUUGGGUUGUCGCUAGUCAAAAUCCAUAGCAUUGAUGGCAACAAAAUCCACUUCCUCGGCGUGGACAUGGUGUCUGGCACUCCAGUGUUGGACAUCAAGCCUUACAUUCCACAGUACGAUUACCCAACAACAUUCCCUGACGCCAUGUCGUCUGUGACCCGUCCUCCGACUGAAGGGAUCAGUGACGCAGCAGACAGCAUGGCUGGUUUGGCAGUAGACGAAGAGUCUACAAGCUUAAGCCCUCGAACCUUACACCCCAUCAGAAUCGAGACUAGUCCCUUAUCUCGAUCACCUUUCGAAGACGAAGCUUCAGGUGACCACCAGUCCCUCCUGACACCAGUCUCACCAUCCCCUGACUCUCCUUCUAGCAUAGACCAGCUCGAUGGCCCCUUCAGACAAACAAGAAGAUUGGAUACCGAACGAGGAGCACCCGAUGGCCAAGAAAGAUAUACACCACCACAAUCAGCAUUCCUUAUGAACAUGACUGAUGAUGGAAUAAGAGUAGCUCCAUGGAUAUCAAACCCACCAUCACAGCGUUACGCAGUGAGGUUCACAGAAGAUGCUCUCCAGAGGUUGAAUGAUCUCAUCGGAGAUAGAGCGAACACAUUCAAAAGCAAUAUUGAAAGUCUACUUUCAGAGGAUCCGAGAUCUCAUUACGUAAGGAGCAGAUACCCUGAUCAUGAAUACAGUUGUGUUUUAGAAGAUUUGUCGAUAAGUUGUGUGUUUGAUGAGAAUAGCUUCGUUUGUACGAUAAUGGCGGUAAGAAGCGCCGAUGACUUGCAGCAGGCAUGAAGUUUAUUUAUUUAUUUAAAUGAAGGCACUAAAUAAAUGUUGAUAGCACAAAAUUUGUAUCAAUAACUUGAAAUGUGAUGAUAAUAUUACCUAAUUCGCUGGAUUUCACAUAAUUUUAA